AUGGAAGUCAUAACUCAAAAGGUAAUCGAGAGUGCUAAUAAGAUGAACCAUUCAAAAAACAAUAUUGAAACUAUUCAUCCAUGCUUCAAAGCUGGUAACUAUGGAAGUCAUAACUCAAAAAGGAGAGAUGGUUAUCCUAGUUUUGAUGUCGGGACAUCUAGGAGGGAUGAUGAAUAUCAUAGCUUUGAAUUUAACACAUCUGGGAGAGAGGUUGAUGAACCACUAGAUGUACCAAAUUUGACAUGUGAUGGUUAUGAUGGUUCUAAUAAUUGUGAUGGUUCGGAUGGGUCUGAUAAUGGUGAUGGUGCAGAUGGUUCUGAUAAUUGUGAUGGUGCAGAUAAUGUUGGUGGUGCAGAUGACUCUGAUUGUGAUGGUUCCGAUGGUUCUCAACCAAGUGAUCUUGAUUAUAGUGCAGAAUCGUGUGAAGAUUCUACAGACGAUGAGGCACUUGAUAUGAUGGUUGAGAAGUAUGUACAACCAUCUGUUCGUGGGGAGCAAUCUGUUCCCAACUAUGUGCUUGAAGGGUUACCAUUUUUUCGAUCAUUACCAUGUAAAGGCAGCCGUGGUUACUUUUCAGAAGACCAUGGAUUGGUUGAUGAAGAUAUGUGGUAUUGGGAUGAGGAUAAUCCGAGACAUAUAGAUGUGGGAACAAAAUUUGAUAGCAAAUUGCAGUUGAAAACUGCUAUCACAUUAUGGCAUGUGGGAACAGGUUGGAUGUAUGAGGUUAUGGAUAGUCAUUCAAGAAGAUGGCAUGCAGUUUGUAGGGACCCAUUUGGUCCGAAAAGAAUAGGCAGGGACCUUGGGCAACGCUACCCAUGUAAUUGGGAGGUUAAAGCAACGUUUAAGAAACGUGAUGGUAGCUGGUCUAUCAACUCAUGGGUUGAUCGUCAUUGCUGUAUGGGAGAUCACGAUCCAAGUGAACAUCAUUCAAGCCUUCUGCAGUACAUACAUAUAUCAAAUAAAUUUCACGUGAAAAUCAGCUACAAGAAAGCAUGGUACGCUCGCAGAAAAGCUAUUGAGCUUGUAUAUGGUGGGUGGGAGGGGUCCUUCAGACAACUCCCCAGCUACCUGACUGAGUUGCAAACUCAAAAUCCGGGGACAAUCGUUGAGUGGUUGCAUGACCCUGUAUUGAGUCAAGGUAAUACAAAGGUGUUCCGCUACGUAUUUUGGGCAUUUGGGCCAGCAAUAGAGGCGUUCCAAGUAGCAAAGCCGGUCUUAUCAGUUGAUGGGACUCACCUGCGUGGAAGAUUGAAAGGUAAACUACUUGCUGCAGUAGGUUACGAUGCAAAUAAGAAUUGUUUGCCUGUUGCUUUUGCUAUUGUCGAUGAAGAAACAAACGAGAGUUGGAGUUGGUUUUUGAAUCUUGUGAGAGUGCAUAUUAUAAAGCAUGACCAGGAAGUGUGCAUAAUAAGUGACAGACAUCAAGGCAUUAUAAAUGCCAUGAAGGCUGAUGUGUGGAAAGAGGCACCAGUUGGUUAUCAUCGAUUCUGUUUAAUUCACGUUAGAUCGAAUGUGUUACAAAGACACAAAGUCCCCGGAGUGAAGAAAUGGGUAUGGAUAAUGGGUGAAGUGAGUGAGGAGCGGAGAUAUUGGACUGCAAGGCGUGAAUUAGAAAAGGUGAGUCCAGAAGCUCUGAGGUAUCUCGAAACCACCAUAGAUAGAUCGCAAUGGACUAUGGCACACGAUGAAUUUCGUCGAUGGGGUGAGACAUCUACUAACAUGGCCGAGUGUUAUAAUAAUGUGUUGUUAGCUGCGAGGGAACUCCCAAUUAGAGCUAUCGUUGAUAUUACAUUCUGGCGGACCAUCAACUGGUUUGUUAACCGAACGACUCUAGCCAAACAAUGUCAGACGUCUUUGACACCGUGGGCUUGGGAGUUAUUUCAGAAGAAUGACCAACGGGGGAGACGUCAUCAUGUUAGGACUACAAGCAUAGCACGUGGCAUCUAUGAUGUGCUAACCUAUCACAGAGGUCCGGGUAGAGGCCAUAAUAUACAUGUUGUAGAUUACCGUGAAAAGAUAUGCUCAUGUGGAAAGUGGCAGACCUGGAGAAUGCCUUGCUCUCACGCUGUUGCGGUGCUGAGAGAACGCAGUGAUGACAUCUUUAGUCAUGUUGAUACACGAUACCACACAGAUGUUUGGAUUCACCAGUACGCAGACACCAAGAUUAUUGGUAUGAACCUGAAUGGACACUCGAAUGUUCACCAGCACGGCUACUUCCUCGUUCACGUGGGCGAUACAACAGAAGGAGGAUACACAACCAAAUGGAUGAGCGCGAAGAAGAUGCGCCAAGAGCUUCUCCUCGAUGCCGCCUUUGUGGAGAGACCGGCCAUAAUAGAAGAAAGUGCACUUUAG